GUUGUCGUUUCUGCUGCACAAGCUGGUGGGGAAGCCUCCUAUCCCGGGGGCGGAGAUGCAGCGCCUGAUGACCACGUGGGACGAGGCGCACUGGCAGCCGUUGACAGCGGAGGCCAAGGGACACAAAAUGCUUGCGGCCGCUGAGGACGAAAUUGAGGCCUUGGCCGAGGAAGUUGGCGGGAUCAUCAUCCGCGGAUUGACGGACCAGUUUCUGGUCUUCUGGCAGUGGUUUGCGGACGCGGCGCUCCACCUGUUUCCGGUGGUGGGGCGGUUGGCCGCUCUGGUGCGGCCCGUGCUCCGAUUUUUCUCGGACGACUUAGUGCUCGAGUUGCUUCGUACGGGCAUCCAGUUUCUAGGCAAGCUGACCGCAGCCGAGCAGAAACUCGAGCAGGCCAAGCUCGCUGUCAGCACGGACGACCUGUCUUUCUUCCAAAAGACGAAAUCCUUUGGCACCCUCCUACUGCAAGAAGUUCGGGGUUGGGCGGUCAAGCUGUUUGCCCAACUCGACGUGAUCGAAAUUCUACGACUCUACAGAGACAAGAGGUACCGGGCCGAAAAGCGGUGGAUGCGGAAAGAUAAAUCCGAAGGCAACGGACUCAUAACGGAACUUCUUUUACCUUUUGCGGGGGUCGUGAACAUCAUAGAGGACAUUGUCGAGGAUUUUGGUGCUCAUUCAUGUUGUGAUGCCAGCCACGACUUUUCUCGCGUCAACUUGGACAAUGUUGGGCACCACAACGGCGAAGGGUUCUUUGAUCUCUCUUCUAUGUUGGAAGAGAGCACCAGCAACCCGCCCAGCAGAGACGAUGACCAAACCCUGCGCGUCGUCGCGACACAGCAGGGCGAGACGCCGCCUGAAGUAGCACGUGAGCUGCAAUUUUUACGGGUCGUAGAAGACGAGCAUGAUCAGCAGGGUCCUCGUCGAGGAGGCACAGCUCGUCUUGGAGGUUCUACUUCAUCUCCGGAAGAUCAUCCUCGUUCUUCAUCUUCAUCUUCAUCCGCCGCGGCGUCAUCAGAUCAUCAGGCAGGAGAUGGCGUCGUCAAACUUGUAUUUGCCUCAAGCAGUAAAAAAUUUUCCGCGCGCCUUUUUUUGUAUUUGAUGUCCAUCACGUUGCAGACGUAUAGCCCCCCACUAUGUUGCACACCUAAUGAACUAGCUAGCUUAUUCGCAACGCUUUUCAGUGGCUAAAGACGGAGCUAUCCGGCGCUGCUGCUCCACGGACUUGCCUCGGAGCACCCCUGCAGCCUGGAGGUGCUGCAGCAGGUCCUCUUGCAGUCCAGCCGCUAGACAAUGGGC